ACUUGCGACACAAAUGAACAAGUGCAAACAGAAGAUUGAUAAGUAGAAGCUAGCUUGAUAAUACCAAAUUCUAGGGUUUAUCAGAAGAUGUUGAUUCAACUUCCUCGAUUAACGAACUCACUUAGAGAUCCAUUUGAUGCUGAUGAAGCUUAUUUACAACGCAAAUUGCAUCUUCAAAACCUGAUUAAUAAACGCAGUUCUGCAAGUUCACUAAAAGAAUCAGAACUCGCCAGGAAGAUUGUGUAUAAAUGGGAUGAAGCUUCUAGUGAGGUUAGACAAGCGUACAAACAGUUUAUUGGUGCAGUGGUUGAGUUGAUCGGAGGGGAGGUGGUUGACGAAGAGUUUAGAGAAGUUGCAUUGACUGUGUAUAGAAUUUUUUGUCACCAUGUCGAAGAGCAAGAGGAAUAUAGACGAAUUAAGAAACAUAGGGAGGAAUUGGACAAACUACUUGGCCGUGUUGUUCCAGAUGCAAGUCUGCAUAAAGUGUCUUUAUUAGCACAAAGGCUUUUAUCAUUGCAACCUAAUACUUCAGAUGCAGUUUCCCUUCUAGAGAAUCAAAUAAAUGGAACUGGUGAUGAUAUGGAAUUUGGUGCGGAUCUUGUUUUUAAACCCCCAUCUCGGUUUCUGGUUGAUGUUUCUCUUGAGUACGAAGAUUUGCUAGAGGAAAGCACUUCAAAUUCUUCGAUUCCGCAGGGAUGGUAUGAGAAUGACAAUAAUGCAAAUUACCAUCCUGAAAGUGUUGGGGGAAACUUUGACUUGAAUUGGUUAAGAGAUGCUUGUGAUCUGAUAGUCAAGGGAAGUAAUUCACAACUACCUCGAGAUGAAUUGGCUAUGGCUAUCUGCAGGGUUCUUGAUUCGGAGAAACCUGGGGAUGAGAUAGCUGGUGACCUGUUGGAUCUCGUUGGUGAUAGUGCAUUUGAAACAGUGCAAGACCUUAUAACUCAUAGGAAGGAACUUGUUGAUGCUGUUCAUCAUGGGAUGUUUGUGUUGAAGUCUGACCAAAAGGUCCCGGGUUCUCAGUCACGCAUGCCUAGUUAUGGUACUCAGGUGACAGUGCAGACAGAAUCGGAGAGGCAAAUUGAUAAACUUCGGCGCAAGGAAGGGAAGAAACAGAGACGUGGGACUGAUCAAGGGAAUGACAAUGAGUUAUCUUCCAUGAGUUUUGGUUCCUUAAUUCAAGCGAGCGAGAAAAAAAGUAUUUUUGAUGAUCUGAUUGGUACUGGUGGAGAGUCCAAUGCUACUGCCCUGCCUCAAGGCACGGUGAAGAAGCAUUAUAAGGGAUAUGAAGAAGUUACAAUUCCUCCAACACAAACAGCACCAAUGAAGCCUGGGGAAAAACUGAUUGAGAUAAAGGAGUUAGAUGACUUUGCUCAAGCUGCUUUCCAGGGUUACAAGUCCCUGAACCGCAUUCAGAGCAGAAUCUUCCAAACAACAUAUAAUACUAAUGAAAACAUUCUUGUUUGUGCUCCAACAGGAGCUGGAAAAACAAAUAUCGCCAUGAUUGCUGUUCUACAUGAGAUUGGACAGCACUUCAAGGAUGGGUACUUGCAUAAAGAUGAAUUUAAGAUUGUCUAUGUUGCUCCUAUGAAGGCACUAGCUGCAGAAGUUACAAGAACUUUUGGUCAUCGAUUAGGUCCUUUAAACAUGAUUGUGAAAGAACUCACUGGGGAUAUGCAACUCUCGAAGAAUGAACUAGAAGAAACCCAGAUGAUAGUUACAACGCCUGAGAAAUGGGAUGUCAUUACGCGCAAAAGCAGUGACAUGUCUCUCUCAAUGUUGGUUAAACUGCUCAUCAUUGAUGAAGUACAUCUUCUAAAUGAUGACAGGGGCCCUGUAAUAGAAGCAUUGGUUGCUCGAACUCUUCGUCAGGUAGAAUCUACCCAGAGUAUGAUAAGGAUUGUGGGACUAUCAGCUACCCUACCCAAUUAUCUGGAGGUUGCACAAUUUCUGAGGGUAAAUCCUGAAGCCGGACUAUUCUUUUUUGAUUCUAGCUAUCGUCCAGUACCUCUUGCACAACAGUAUAUUGGAAUUAGCGAACCAAAUUUUCGUGCACGUAUUGAGCUUCAGAAUGAAAUUUGCUACAAGAAGGUAGUGGAUUCAUUGAAGAACGGGUACCAGGCUAUGGUUUUUGUUCAUUCCAGGAAAGACACAGGAAAAACAGCCGAAAAACUGGUUGAACUUGCCAAGAUUAAUGAGGACCAUGAGCUAUUCAGGAAUGAAGACCACCCACAAUAUCAAUUACUGAAGAAGGAUGUUUUGAAGUCGAGAAAUAGGGAACUUGUACAGCUCUUUGAUAAUGGAGUUGGUAUCCAUCAUGCUGGGAUGUUACGUUCUGAUAGAGGCUUGACUGAAAAGCUAUUUUCCGAGGGACUCUUAAAGGUUCUUGUUUGCACAGCAACUUUAGCAUGGGGUGUAAACUUACCUGCUCAUACUGUCGUCAUAAAGGGUACUCAAUUGUAUGAUCCUAAGGCUGGUGGAUGGCGAGAUCUGGGCAUGCUUGAUGUUAUGCAGAUUUUUGGACGUGCUGGACGACCCCAAUUUGACAAAAGUGGGGAAGGCAUCAUUAUUACAUCUCAUGACAAACUAGCCUACUAUCUACGAUUGUUAACAAGUCAACUUCCAAUAGAGAGUCAGUUUAUCAGCUCCUUAAAGGACAAUUUAAAUGCCGAGGUGGCAUUGGGUACAGUAACAAAUGUCAAGGAAGCUUGUGCUUGGCUUGGUUACACAUAUCUCUUUAUAAGGAUGAAAAUGAAUCCUCUAGCAUAUGGCAUUGGUUGGGAUGAGGUAAUUGCAGAUCCUUCUUUAAGUUUGAAGCAAAGAUCUCUUGUCACGGAUGCUGCGCGUUCACUUGAUAAAGCUAAAAUGAUGCGGUUUGAUGAGAAGAGUGGCAAUUUUUACUGUACAGAGCUGGGUCGUAUUGCUAGUCAUUUUUAUAUUCAGUAUUCUAGUGUUGAAACAUAUAAUGAAAUGUUGAGACGCCACAUGAAUGACAGUGAGGUGAUUGACAUGGUGGCCCAUUCUUCUGAAUUUGAGAAUAUUGUUGUUAGAGAUGAGGAGCAAAACGAAUUAGAAAAAUUGGCUCAGACAUCAUGCCCCCUGGAAGUUAAAGGUGGUCCUCCAAGUAAGCAUGGAAAAGUAUCUAUUCUCAUACAGUUGUAUAUUUCUCGGGGUUCAAUUGAUUCUUUCUCCUUAAUAUCUGAUGCUGCCUAUAUAAGUGCUAGCCUGGGCCGUAUUAUGAGAGCUCUAUUUGAGAUAUGCUUGCGCAGAGGGUGGUGCGAAAUGACUUCUUUUAUGUUGGAAUAUUGUAAGGCUGUGGAUCGUCAAAUUUGGCCCCAUCAACACCCUCUGAGACAAUUCGACAAGGAUAUUUCUUUGGAUAUACUGAGGAAGCUUGAAGAACGAGGAGCCGACUUGGAUCACCUCCAUGAAAUGCAGGACAAAGACAUUGGUGUUUUGAUACGUUAUGCACCUGGAGGAAGGUUGGUGAAACAAUACCUGAGCAACUUUCCAUCAGUGCAAUUAUCUGCUACUGUAAGUCCAAUUACCAGGACUGUUCUGAAGGUUGACUUGCUCAUAACACCAGAUUUUGUGUGGAAGGAUCGCUUUCAUGGUUCUUCGGAACGGUGGUGGAUACUUGUUGAGGAUUCGGAAAAUGAUCACAUCUACCAUUCAGAACUAUUCACACUAACAAAGCGGAUGGCUAGAAGUGAAGCACAAAAGCUAACAUUCACGGUCCCAAUUUUUGAACCACAUCCUCCUCAAUAUUACAUUCGUGCUGUUUCUGAUUCCUGGUUGCAAGCAGAAGCUCUGUAUGCUAUAUCUUUUCACAACCUAGCACUUCCAGAGGGUCAUACCUCUCACACCGAACUUCUAGAUCUGAAACCUCUUCCUGUGACUGCACUUGGAAACAAGGCUUACGAGGCAUUAUAUACUUUUUCACACUUCAAUCCAAUUCAAACCCAGGCGUUUCAUGUGCUAUAUCACACCGAGAACAAUGUCCUUUUAGGGGCUCCAACUGGAAGUGGAAAGACAAUAUCUGCUGAGCUUGCUAUGCUUCAUCUAUUCAAUUCCCAGCCUGAUAUGAAGGUUAUAUACAUAGCGCCACUAAAGGCUAUUGUUCGAGAAAGGAUGAACGAUUGGAAGAAGCGUCUUGUUUCUCAACUCGGCAAAAAGAUGGUUGAAAUGACUGGGGAUUUUACACCAGAUAUGAUGGCUCUUAUGUCAGCGGAUAUUAUAAUAUCAACUCCUGAGAAGUGGGAUGGUAUUAGUCGUAACUGGCAUAGUAGAGGAUAUGUCACAAAGGUAGGACUCGUGAUUUUGGACGAAAUUCACUUGCUGGGAGCUGACCGUGGACCCAUUCUUGAGGUUAUUGUUUCUAGGAUGAGAUACAUAUCUUCACAAACAGAACGAUCAGUUCGUUUUGUUGGCCUUUCAACAGCAUUAGCAAAUGCACAUGAUUUGUCUGACUGGCUUGGUGUGGGGGAAAAUGGCUUGUUUAAUUUCAAGCCCAGUGUGAGGCCUGUGCCUCUAGAGGUUCAUAUCCAGGGAUAUCCCGGGAAGUUUUACUGUCCAAGGAUGAACAGUAUGAAUAAACCUACAUAUGCAGCUAUUAGUACUCAUUCACCAACAAAACCAGUUUUAAUAUUUGUGUCAUCUCGUCGUCAAACAAGGCUGACUGCUCUGGAUCUCAUUCAGUUUGCAGCUUCAGAUGAGCACCCAAGGCAGUUCUUGAGCAUGGCAGAAGAAGCGCUACAAAUGAUUGUUUCUCAGGUUGCUGAUCAGAACUUAAGGCAUACAUUGCAAUUUGGCAUUGGUUUGCAUCAUGCAGGUUUAAAUGACAAAGACAGAUCUUUGGUGGAAGAACUUUUUGCCAAUAAUAAGAUUCAGGUAUUGGUUUGCACGAGCACAUUGGCAUGGGGAGUAAAUCUUCCUGCACAUCUGGUCAUUAUUAAGGGAACAGAGUUCUAUGAUGCAAAAUCCAAGCGAUAUGUUGAUUUUCCUAUCACAGAUAUAUUGCAGAUGAUGGGUCGAGCAGGUCGGCCACAGUAUGAUCAACAUGGGAAAGCUGUCAUUCUUGUUCAUGAACCCAAAAAGAGCUUCUACAAAAAGUUCCUGUACGAGCCAUUUCCAGUUGAGAGUAGUCUGAGAGAACAGCUACAUGAUCACAUGAACGCAGAAAUAGUUUCCGGGACAAUAUCUCAUAAAGAAGAUGCUGUGCAUUAUCUCACUUGGACUUAUCUGUUCCGUAGAUUGACAGUCAAUCCUGCUUAUUAUGGCUUAGUGGGUACUGAACAUGGAACUCUGAGUACAUACUUGUCAAGCUUAGUGCAACACACCUUUGAGGAUUUGGAAGAUGCUGGUUGCAUCAAAAUAACUGAAGAUAGUGUGGCUCCUACUAUGCUAGGCUCUAUGGCAUCUCAAUACUACCUUAAAUACAUGACAGUGUCAAUGUUUGGUUCAAACAUAGGUCCGGAUAUAUCUUUAGAAGUUUUCCUUCUCAUACUAUCUGGUGCAUCAGAAUACGAUGAGCUUCCUGUGAGGCAUAAUGAGGAAAAUUUUAAUGAAGCAUUGUCGAAAAAAGUUCCUUAUGAGGUGGAUCAAAAUUCCCUGGAUGACCCACAUGUUAAAGCUAAUUUACUUUUCCAGGCUCACUUUUCUCAACUGGAAUUGCCAAUUAGCGACUACAUAACCGACUUGAAGUCAGUUUUGGAUCAAAGUAUACGCAUCAUUCGAGCCAUGAUAGAUAUUUGUGCCAAUAGUGGAUGGCUUUCAAGUACGAUGACAUGUAUGCGUCUUAUGCAAAUGGUCAUGCAGGGUUUAUGGUUUAACAGAGAUUCUCAUUUGUGGAUGUUGCCACAUAUGACUGAUGAUCUUCUCAAUUUGCUACUCAAAAACAGCAUAUCAAGUGUACAGCAACUACUGGUUCUUCCCAAGCAACAUCUGCAGUCUGUUGUAGGAAGUUCCACUGCAUCAUGGCUAUAUCAGGAUCUACAACAUUUUCCCAAUGUUCAAGUGAAGCUAAAGAUUCCAAGAAAAGAGCCCAACAGUCUAAGCUUACCUGGUCUUAACAUUAGACUGGAAAAAACAAACCUUCAAAACAAAUCAUCUCGAGCAUUUACUCCUCGAUUUCCAAAGGUCAAGGAGGAAGCAUGGUGGCUGAUCCUUGGUAACACCUCGACCUCUGAAUUAUAUGCCAUGAAACACGUUUCUUUUUCUGACCGGUUAGUCACUCACAUGAAGUUGCCAUCAACUACAUUCACUCUCAAGGGAAUGAAAAUGAUACUAGUAUCGGAUUGCUAUCUUGGGUUUGAACAAGAAUACACUGUUGAAGAUCUUAUUGGGACUCAACAACUUGAAGCCGGGAGAUAAUUUAAAAUUCACAAUUUUUAGGUUUUGAGUAUUUGCAGGUUACAGUUUUGUUGCUACAUACUGAUCCACCUUAUUUAGUUACGAUAUUACGCAGGAAAAUGUCUUGUAAUUAUGUUUACAAUUUGUUCUUCUUUUUCCCCUGCCAGAGAAGUGUAAAUUACAUCGUGUUCUAAUUCAAGGUUGCAAGUAAUUACUUUGUCAA